GCCAUGUUUCAAUUGCAUUUCUGAAGCACAUUGCUUCAGUGCCGUCAAUUCAUUGUAUCUGUUUAUUUUAUUGUUUUUAAUUAUUUUUACCAAACUUUGACUGUGAUUUAUAUGACAAUGGAGCAAUUGAGAAGAUUAAAUGAAUAUGAAAAUGUUUGUCCUGAAGUCCUCACUGAGUUAGUUUGUCCAGUUUGUUUAAAUUAUCUCUACCCGCCGAUAAAACAAUGUGCCACGGGCCAUUCGUAUUGUGAGGAGUGCUUUCACAAGUUAUCAAGGUGUCCUGAAUGUCGUGCUCCCAAAACUGAAGCUAGAAGUUUCGUCCUGGAAAGAGUUUACAACAAGCUGACUUUUCCUUGUCGAUUUUCUGACGAUGGUUGUCGAUAUCAGGCUAAAGGUCAUCAAAUCAAAUCCCACGAAGAUGGUUGUGAAUAUUCGACGAGGAAGUGUCCCUUAAGAUUUAACAAUUAUUGCAAGUGGCAAGGACGAAAAUUGGAAUUGGUGUUGCAUUGUAAGAAAGAACACGCAACCAACAUAUACUUUGAAGAACACAAAACGUUUAAAUGCAAGGACUUUAACACAAACACAAGCAAAAAAUAUUAUAUCCUUUUCUGCGUGUACGACGAAAUUUUCAGAUGCUCUUUGGACAUAAACGAAGAAAAGGGCAAUGUUAGGUUUGGUGUUUACUCAAUGAACAAGUUAAGGACAGUUAUGAAAUAUAUUUUUGACCUGUCGAUUAUGUACGGAGAUACCCUUAAGGAAGCGGUAACGGUGAGAGGACCUUGUGUACAUUUAACUGAUGACGCACAACGAUUCGAGAAGGACAAAUAUAUAAUGUUCAAAUAUAACAUGAUGAAGGACUUUUGCAAUGAAAAUGGUGAACUUCUCUAUCAAAUUAAAAUUCUCCCCGUUGAUAGAUUAAAUUAGGAGCAAGUGAAUUUUGUUUGACGUUAUACUGUUACGUAUAAAAUAUUUUUAAUUUUAGUUGCACUAAGUUUGUAAUUAUAUUACUUAGUUGCAAUUAAUGUAAUAUAUACAUUUCAUUUAGAUAUUAGUAAUUGUAAAUUUAAUUAUCAAAGAUUACUUUUGUGUAUUUUUCAUAGCGAUAUACUUUUUAAUUUAAAAAUAAAUGUGUACAUAAAUAAAAACUGUAUGUAUGGCAUCUAUUUAACAAAUUCUGGACACAUUUUGUAAUAAUUAGUAUAUUUCAUAAGAAAUACAGCAAAAAUAAGAA